AUGUUCACCUGUCUCCUCUCCUCUCUCCUUCCCUCUCCUCCCUUCGUCCUCUUCUUUCUCCUCCUUGUCGUCGCAGUCUUGUACCUGACCACUCGUUGCUCUUCCUCCUCCUCACCUCCUCCUCCUCGAUGCUCCCUCCCAUCUCUGCCGAGGCUGCCCGUCCUCGGCAGCCUCCCCUGGCUGAGCCGACGCCUCCCCCCUCACCUGCUCUUCUCUCAGCUCGCUCACAGGUACGGCUCCGUGUUCUCGCUCUACCUCGGUCCUCACUUCACUGUGGUGAUCAACGACCACCAGCACGCCAAAGAAGUUCUGCUGCAGAGAGGGAGAGACUUCGCUGGACGACCGAGCAUGGUGACCACUGACCUGCUGACCAGAGGAGGUCAAGACAUCGCGUUCUCGGACUACUCUCCUCUCUGGAAGUUGCACCGUCGCCUCGUCCACAACUCCUUCACGCUGUUCGGAGAAGGAAGCGGUCGCCUGCAGGACAUCGUUCUGUCCUCCGUGGACAGUCUGUGCGCGGAACUGUUGUCCGGCGGGGGGCGUGGCUUCGACCCGUCUCCCGCGAUCACCCGGGCCAUCACCAACGUCGUGUGCACGCUGGUGUUCAGCGCCACCUAUCGCCACGGCGACGCAGAGCUGCAGGAGGUGCUGCGGUACAACGACGGCAUCGUGCAGACGAUCGCCAGAGGAGGACUGGUCGACAUUUACCCGUGGAUGAAGGUUUUUCCUAACAAGUCUCUGAGUAAACUGAAGGACUGUAUCAGUGUCAGAGAUCGACUGCUGACUCGCAAACUGGACGAACACAAGGCUACACUGAGUGACGGCGACCCCCGUGACCUUUUGGAUGCCUUGCUAAAGGGUCAGACAAGCAGGUCGUCCGGCUCAGAGGACGAGCACAUAACGGACGACCACGUCCUCAUGACGGCGGCCGAGGCUUUUGGAGCUGGAGUGGAGACGACGUCCACCACGCUGCUGUGGAUCCUGGCUUAUCUGCUGCACCACCCGGAGGUGCAGCGUCGAGUACAGAAGGAGCUGGAUGAGAAUGUUGGCGCCGAGCGGGCGGUGAAUGUGACGGACCGCGGUCGGCUGCCAUAUCUUGACUGUGUCAUCAACGAAGGGAUGAGGAUCCGACCGGUCAGUCCUGUCCUGAUCCCCCACACGGCCAUGACCCACAGCAGUAUCGGCGGUCACUCUGUUCCCUGUGGGACCCGAGUGUUGGUCAACAUGUGGUCGAUUCAUCACGACCCUCAACACUGGGACAAACCUGACCUUUUCAACCCAGAUCGUUUCCUUGACGACCAGGGUCGACGAGUCACGCCCACCUGCUUUCUGCCCUUUGGGGCGGGGCCUCGGGUCUGCGUCGGUGAAUCACUGGCCAGGCUGGAGCUCUUCCUCUUUUUGGCAUCGCUGCUCCAGCGAAUGAGCUUCAGUCAGCCAGACGGGGUUUCCCCGCCCAACCUGCAGGGGCGGCUGGGCGUGGUCCUGCAGCCGUUACCGUAUCAGGUCGCUGUCGCACCGAGGCCGGGAUGGGAGGGCGGGGCAAAGUAAAAACAAACCAAAACAUUUUUUUGUUUGUCAAAAUUUUGUGUACUAAUAACAUCCUGAUUAAAUUAUGAUUACAUUAAAAAUAUACAAAUAAUAGCAAAGAAAUUAUAAACCUGCUUUUGUUUUAUUUAAUAAAUGUUAGUUAAGCUAAUGUUAGCUGCGUAAAAAGUAUUAGCAAUGGUAAUAUGAUCUAACAUUUCAUAGCUUUUGAGAAUAUUGGACUCUUUUUUUGGUACAUAUUUUCUGUUUAACAUAAAACCAUCCAAUAAACCAAGCCGAUACAAA